AUGGAAUUUGGAAACGCCACUGAGUAUUGGCAGGAUGGAGGAAGAAAAAUAAAGGGAAAAUGCCAGAAAAAUGCACCUCCAACUCCAAAAGCCCAAAAACGUCCGCCAAAUAUCAGUAAUCCCGAUUUGGUACCAGCAGACCAUUUUGGGAUUAUUUUCUUAGACAAAAAGACCAAACCGCCCUCACCCAUUACAAAGCGUGGGCACCACAUGGGCACCGCAAUAAGCCGCACACCGAAGGAAGAUAGGCGGGAAGGAAAGGAGAGAAACGUGCGCGUUCCAGCAGUGAGCCUCGAUGAUAAGGCAUUAGUAGAUUUGGUUGAUGAUAGUGAAGUUGAUAAUCUUUUUCAGUAUAAUGACACUAGUGCACAUGUGUAUCUAGCAUUGAAGGAGAGUACACCGGAAGUAAUGGAUGAUCCACAAAUCAUUGACAACUACUUGGGAUUGUCACAACAAAUGUGUUUUUUGUCAAGUAGGGAGAAUAAUAUGGACGGAACAGUUUGUGAUGAAAAUGGGGGUGACUGUGUAAGAGAAGGCGGUGGGGGAUGUCAUGUGAGGCUAGUAAGUACAGUAGAGAUUGCACCAACACCAAUGCCCGAGAUGAAUGCUGUGAAGUGGAAGGAAUUGUUGUUAGGAAAGAAGCAAACUUUUGCAAAUGCCACAGAAUUCAGAAAGGCAGUAUAUAAGUUUAGUAUUGCAGAAAACUUCGAGUACAAAUAUGUCAAAAAUUGUGAGGAAUGUGUGCAUGUGAAAUGCAAAGUUGAAGGUUGUCCUUGGCGGAUAAUAGCAAGAGUAGCUGCGAAGAGAAGUCCUUUCCUCGUUGUAACUCGACUGAGUAAUGAACAUGUGCAUAAUGCCCAAGAGAUGAUGCAAGUUACACAUGGUGGAAGAGCAGCCUUGACAUCAUCAAUUAUCAUUGAGGAGGUAAGGGAUCACACUGAAAAGCGUCCAAAUGAAAUAAGGAGGACCUUGGCAAGGGAUUAUGGUGUGAAGUUGACAUAUAAGCAAGCAUAUAGGGCUAAGGAAAAAGCAUUAGAGGAAAUACAAGGGAGGCCUGAACAGUCAUACAUGUUGAUACCAUGGAUAUGUCAACGAUUGAAGGAAACCGAUGAGAAGACGGUAGCUGAAUGGGUAGCAACUGUUAACAAUAUAUUUGAGCGUGUUUUCAUAGCAUAUGGUUGUUGCAUAGAGGCCUCAGCAUAUGACGCGGACAAUGAAUUGUUACCAUUCGCGUAUGCUAUUGUGAAAGGAGAGACUUAUGAGGAGUGGGCAUGGUUCUUAAACAUGAUAAAACAGAUAGUUGGUGCAAUCCAAUUAAUUAUUGUGUCAGAUCGUCACAAUGCAAUAAUAGGAGCUGUUGGAGCAAUAUUUGGAGGUGACCGUCAUGCAUACUGUUAUAGACACGUGAAGGAAAAUUUCAGCUCUGAAAUGAAUAAAUUAUACAGAGGUAGGAGGAGAACUAGUGGUAUUAGUAAGGAAGUUGGAUUAAAGUUGCUUGAUGACAUUGCAUAUGCAAGGGUUAACGUUGAGUUUGAUAAGGCAAUGACAAGGAUGGGAAAUUUCAGUCCUCAGUUACUUCAGUGGCUUAACAAUCAUGGUGAUAUUCAUAAGUGGGCAAUGAGCAAGUUUGCAUAUAAACGGUGGGAUAACAUAACAACGAACAUUGCUGAGUCAUUCAAUGCUUGGAUUGUAAAGGAAAGGCAGCAUAAUGUUGCCCAACUUAUUCAUGAACAUCGUGAGAAGGUUGCAAGGAAGAUGUUCGCAGCAAGUGUGGCAAUGAGGAACUGGAGAAAUGGUGUGGGUCCAAACAUUGAUGGAAAAGUGAUGGAAAAUGUGGCUAGAUCGAUUCAUAUGCAUGGUGAACCUUAUGGAGGUGGCAGGGUCUGUGUACAUACUUCGCGUGGAGCCUUAUAUGUCAAUGUUCAGUCACAUGAAUGCACUUGUGCUGCAUGGCAAAUGACAGGGAUUCCGUGUCCACACGCUUGUGCUGCAAUAAGGGUGGUUCAUGCAAAUGUGUAUGAUUUUGUGGAGGACUGUUAUAAAAUAACAUCCCAAGAGAAGAUUUAUGGGAACACCAUGAUUCCAGUAGUGACAAUUGACAGGCCUAAUCCUAAUGAUUAUAUGCUGCAAAAUAUAGGAAACCAAGUGUGGCUAUACCCACCUACAACUAGUAGACCUUCGGGAAGGCCAAGAAUUAGGAGGCGGGAAUCCCAAUUCCAAAACAGGAAGAUUUACCACUGUGGACAGUGUCAUGAACCUGGGCAUAGUAAAAGAACAUGCAGAAAUCCAAACCCAAGUUAA